AGGACGUGGGCGGAGGUGGGCGGAGCCUCGCAUGUCGCGCUCCGGUGCAGGUCCGCAUCUGAAUCCGACUCCUGCUCUGGCUCCGUCUCCGGGUUCCCUGUAGGGGACACUUCCUCCCUCUCCUCCUCCUCCUCCUCCUUCCGGGGUGCUGGCCGACAGUUGGAUGCCUGCACUGUCUUCUCCAGCUUUACGUUGCGCUCUUGGCUUUCUUAGACCUGGGUGCUCUUCUGUCAUCUUCUCAUCCCUGCAUAUUUAGGAAGGGAAUGCCAGCUUUGAAGAUGGCUCAGGGAGCUCAUAGAAGGACUCAGUGAAGUCACAGAUCCUGAGCUGGAAGAGGCCACAUCUCAUCCAUCUUCUUCCUUUUACAGCUUUCUAGAACAAUGCUUCGGAAAAAACGACGGUUAUCAGAGUCAAAAGCCAGCCAGAGCCAGCCCAAGUUGGAUUCCUUGGGGGAUCACCCACUUGCCUCACCCAGGAGUCCUUCUCCAGAGUACAGUAUCUAUUUCACACGAGAGAAAAGCAAUAGUUCCCGGCUGGGACCUGAGUUUUUUGACCAGCCUGCAGUCUCCCUGGCCCGGGCCUUUCUUGGACAGAUUCUGGUCCGGAGACUUCCUGAUGGCACUGAAGUUCGAGGCCGAGUGGUAGAAACAGAGGCAUACUUGGGGGCUGAGGAUGAGGCUGCACACUCAAGAGGGGGGAGGCAGACACCUCGCAACAAAGGCAUGUUCAUGAAGCCAGGGACCCUGUAUGUGUACAUCAUCUAUGGGAUGUACCACUGCAUGAACGUCUCCAGCCAAGGUGAAGGGGCAUGCGUCCUUCUUCGUUCCCUGGAGCCAAUGGAAGGCCUGGAGAUGAUGCGGCAGCUUCGUAAUGCCUGCCGAAAAGGAGCUGCCAAGGCUCUCAAGGACCGGGAGCUUUGCAAUGGCCCCUCUAAGCUAUGUCAAGCCCUGGCCAUUGACAAGAGCUUUGACCAGAGGGACCUGGCAGAAGAAGAAGCCAUUUGGCUGGAGCAGGGCCCUGAAAGGCCAGAUGAACAUACUGUGGUGGCAGCAGCCAGGAUUGGUAUCAACUAUGCUACAGAGUGGGCCCUAAAGCCACUCAGAUUCUACAUCCAAGGCAACCCUUAUGUCAGUGUGGUAGAUCGAAAGGUAGAACAGGAAAUGCAGGCCAGUGGCUAAGGCGCAGCUAGGGAAGCUGAGCUGCUUCUGCUGCUGGUGGUAAAUUCACCACUUGCAAGCUGAGCCCCUGUUGUAUCAAGGUCAUGGCUUGGCUAGGCUACAUAACGACUUUUAGAGGUUUCGAAAAAUAAAUUCUUGUUUCCACAAAACAAUGUUAGGUGAAUCAUGUACAUUCUAGUGUCUCAACUUUUUCUUUUUCUCAGUGUGGUGUUUUAGGGCAGGAAAGUCAGCAGCCUUCAGGGAGAUUGUGGCUCUUGCCACCAUGGUACCUAACCUUCUCCUUUGAAGCAAUUUGAUUUUGUAAUUGCAGACAUCUGUGGCCCAAACAGCAGGACAGAAGCCCUGGGCAUCUGAAGAUUCCACCAGAGCCACCACCUGGGCCACAGCCUUCCUUUUUUCUCUAGCCCUGACACUGCCAUCUUGCUAGUUGCCAAGAUGUUCUAGCAGGCCUUGUCAAGGGGUCUGCCCUGGGGUCCAAAGUGGUUUUUCCCAGGGAGCCUGGGGCAGACCCAAAGCUAUUUUCAAUGUUGCUGGCCCAGGGAUAACCUAGCCAGCUCUCCAGCUGAUGCAAAAACCAUCUAACAUCAAGAGGCUCCAGUGUCACUGCCUACUUAAGGAUUUUACCAUAACGGCACAGAAAGUGUAUUUAUUCCACAGACAGAGUCUGGGAGAGGCUCUGAGAAAAACGGCCUAAUUGGCUGUGAAUCUCAUCAGGGGUAGCUGCUAUAGCAUGGAGGGAAACUCUUGUUUUCCCAUUGCCUUAGCACUGCUGUUCACAGGUCUGUUGGCCAGCUGCGGCCCCUCGCUGUCAAAGCAUUCAGGCUACUCUGCAUGGGAAGGGUUCAAAGGUUUAAGCCAUAUUUUCUAUAAUGGCUUUUAUGGGAAUACAGGGGGAAAAACUGAUCAAGUGGCUGUAUCCCCUUUAAGGGGAGGGGGUGCUCCUUACAGAAACUGAAUGAUAAUUAUAAGGGACAGGGGAAAGGCAUGAGACAGAACAGCUAGAAAGCUAACUCCUGGCUCUUUUACUUUCCUAUGACAUCCUCCACAGCUCCUUAGCUCUUGAGCUGCACUAUGGUUGGGUUGGGAAGAUUAGUCUUUAGAAGAACCUUACAAAAAACAUGCUGUUCAAGCAGGGAAAGGAAGACCUCUCAGCUUCCCCCAUCCCACCAACCCUAGGCUGAUAACCAGUGAGUAUACAGGAUGGUCACAGGUCCAGGAAUGACUGGCAAGCUAAGAAGGGCUGAUGGCUGGAGGGAGUCCCAAUGCUACAGUCUAGGAGCAGGCUCAAGCUGAGCUGGAGCCUAUAGUUGAUUCCAGGUUAGGAAGCUAGCAUGUGAGUCAAUGUCAUGUUAUUUCAGGGUAUUUUCCUCAAGCUUAACUGGGCCACCAAAUAGCCUUCCCUCCACCUAUAUCCAGAAUUCAAGGUCUGAAUAAGUGGACCUUUAGAACCCACUAAUACUGUGCUCCUUAGGAGGCCACACAGUUACUGCUGCUUCUCCAAAUGAGGGAUAACAGGAAGGCCAAUUCAGAGCCUAAGGGAAACCAACCAUGGUCCCAAGAUAGCCACCCAUCCCCUCUGGCCCUUGGUGGCCCCAAGAAUUCUCCAGGGUGAGUGUUCCUCUGAGCAGGGGGCUAACUUCCCCUUCAUUUUAGAAGGGACUGGAAAACUGAGAUAACCGGGUCCUCAUGGUUGGUAACCACCAGGACGCUUCGGAACUUGUCAAAGAGCAUCAGCAACUGGGAUCGUCGCAUGUUUUCAUUAUACAUGAUCUCCUCCAGGUGAUGGCGUCCCCGGAAAUAAUGUAGCAGCCUAAGGGGGGAAGAAGAAAUUAGUGAGUGCAGCUCCGAGGUCCUUGGCAGCACUUUCUGUCUGAGGGGCCAGGCCCUUCCUGGAUCAAAGAAGCCUAGCUCUAGAACUGGAAGGCACCUUGAAAGCCAUAUUUUGAGCCAACCCACUCGUUUUGCUGAUGAGGAAUCGAGAGCCAAGGAGGUUAAAUGACUUGUCCAUGGUCACAGAGGUAAUAAACAUUAGAGGUAGGAUUGAAAUACAGGUCCUUUGACUUAAGGGCCAAUGCUCUGUCCACAGUACGAUGUUGCAGGGUAUUUGUUGGCCUUGUCAGCAGUUGGUUCGUACCCUUAUUCUAGGUGGCCUCUGCUGGACUCAACUAUAAAAAUGACAAUGUUUGUAUAGCAUUCAUGUAAAGUUCUCACUAUAACCACCCACCCUCUCAGAGAGACAGGUCAGGGAUAGUAAUAACAAAUCUUACUUUUGGACUAAACUUGAGAUUUCAUUGGUAGCUGCUUUUAGAGAGUUUCCUGGGACCCUGGAAAGUAAAGUACCUCAACCAGGAUGAAUCAGAAAUCAGGAUUGAAACCCCGAUCUUCCUGGAUAAGUCUUGCUUUUCUAAUCACUAUCAGCAUGCUGGCAUUUAUACAGUGCUUUAAGUUUGAAAAUUGCUUAAACACAUAUCAUAUCAUAAUACAGAAAUGACCAUUUCUAUCUGACAACUGAGGAAAUCAAAAUUGGGACACUAAUGCUGUUGGUGGAGCUGUGAACUGAUCCAACCAUUCUGGAGAACAAUUUGGAACUAUGCCCAAAGGGUACAAAACUGCAUACCUUUGACCCAGAAAUACCACUAUUAGGGUUUAUAUCCCAAAGAGAUCCCCCCAAAAAGGGAAAAGAGCAUAUAUGUACAAAAAUAUCUGUAGCAGCUUUUUGUGGUGGCAAAGAAUUGGAAAUUGAGGGGAUGCCCAUCACUUGGGGAAUGGCAUAUGAUUGUGAUGGAAUACUGUUGGUGCUAUAUAAAAUGACAAGAUAGUUUUAUGAUGAAAAAUGCUAUCCACUUCAAGAGAAAGAACUGAUGGCCUCUUAAUGCAGACUGAAGCAUACUGUUUAAAAAACUUAAUUUUUUUUUCUUUUGGUCCGUGUUUUCUUUUGCAACAUAACUAACAUGAAAUUGUUUUGCAUGACUAAUUGUAUAUAAUCUACAUCAAACUGCUUGCCUUCAUGGGGGGAGGGAGGAUGAGAAUUUAGAAUUCAAAAUUUUUAAAAAUGAAUAUUAAAAAUUAUUUUACAUGUAAUUGGAAAAAAUAAAAUAUGAAGACUUGAGUCUUUCACAGGUCUCUUUCCACCUC